CGUUAAAGUGCUCACUCCUUAGAGCCGGUUUAAAAUUAACAUAAUUAUUAUUAUCAUUUGUAAAUUAUCAGCAAACCUAUAGUGCACACAGUACCAAGUAGCGCAGUUUAUUUAUCUAUACAAAAAUAACAAAUACAGUAUUCAAAAAGUGUCUAAAAAUAAACACAAUAAUCGUAAACGUUAAAGAACAAUUCUCAAUAAAUUUUUAAACCGUACGCCGUAAUUCAGUUUGAUACAUCGAGCCUGAGUGAACGCCGCGACGUUCGUUCGUCUCAGAUGAGAUAAAUCCGUUUAUUUUCCUUAUCAAGAUUAAUGUCCCUACCUAUAGUGAUAAAAAUAUCUGUACCAAGUUAAAAACUAGCGAAGAGAAGUUGUCACGCGAACAUCCACGUAAUUAUUUGAAUAUAUUGUAACAAAAUGUGGUCGAAACUGUUUACUACGGUCAAAUAUUUAUUAGUGAUUGUGAAUUUCAUAUUCGUGAUCACUGGUAUUAUAAUUUUAUCGGUCGGCGCGUCCGUACAGUCAGCUUACAAUGGUUACCAUCAGUUUCUAUCGGAGAGGUUCUUCUCUCUACCAGCUUUCUGCAUUGCGACUGGGAUCAUCAUCUUUCUGGUCGCAUUCCUCGGAUUCUAUGGAGCCUACAUGGAGAACUACAUAGUGAUCAUGACGUUCGCGGGUGCUAUGAUCCUGAUGUUCAUCUUCCAACUGUCUGCCUGCAUCGCUGGGUAUGCGCUGAAGGGUAACGCCGUGUCCCUGGUGCAGCACAAACUGCUGGAGACCAUGGACAUGUACGGUCUCAACAAGAGCAUUGAAGUCACUAAGCUGUGGGACACUGUGCAACAAGAUUUCCAGUGCUGUGGCGUCCUCAAUGCCAGCCAAUGGUUGAUCCCUCUGGGUACAACUGACACUAACGGUUUGCCAGUCAGCUGUUGCAGUCAGAACUAUGGCAUCGUGGCUGUCCUCAACUGUAACAUUGGCAUGCAGUCAGCCUACACUACUGGCUGCUCUGACUCCUUCGGUAGUUGGGUUCGGUCUCAUGCUGGCGCUAUUGGCGUAGCUGGGAUAUUCUUAGUUUUCAUGCAGGCAUUGGCGGUAGCAGGUGCGGUGUGGAUGGCAAAAAUAUCUAGAGAUGAACGCGGUGCCUACCCUUAAGUUUAGCCUGUAAUACAUUUUAUUAUAAUAAGUAACAUUAUGUACAUGCACAGCACAUCAAACUAACCCGAAUUCUUCAGAAUUGCCGAGGGUCUACGACCGGCAUAUGGCUACGACCGGACUGCGCCGUAGGUCAUAGCCCGCAGGCCGUAAGCCCAACCCCUGUCUGCCGUACUUCUGCUAAGACUAGAUACUACUUCUAUGAACUGAGUUUGUACCAUCUUGAUUAUUUUAAGUACCCAAUAGUUUUAUGUCAUCAAAAAAAGACGACAAUUUAAAGUUUCUAUAGUUACUACACUCUAUUUAAACCUUUUCUUUAAGUUCGUGAUAUUGCAUGUGCCCGGUGAGUGCGCUCAGGCUGAGAAAUAUUAUUUUGUCCAUGAACUAAAUUAACUAAAAAUCGCGGGUUACUCACGUGAAUAUAAUGAGAAAAGCUCUACUAGCUUCGAAGUGCGACACAAGCGUUAUGUACCUACCACUGACUUUGUGCCCCACCCGGAAUCGACCCCACUACCCGCGCCGCUGGUGAACAUACCGUGCGCUUCAACAUCGUCCAACCCGCCGCCAACUAAGAACUGAGUUGGACGCAAACGGUCGUGGUGUCCGGUAGAGGGCACGGUGGGCUCGCAGUGCAUGUAGCAACACAACACCGAUGCGAGCGCCAACGCUAGCCACCAGCAAGCAGUAGGCUGCGAGACAUCGACGCGACCGCUGCUCAUGAGGAAGAACCCCUCUGUUGAUGUUGAUCGAAAUUAGUAGAGCUUUUCGCAGUAUAUUAUGCGAGUAAUCCGCGAUUUUUAGAAUGUCUCACGAUAUUUAUUUUGUCGCUUAUAUUUUUUCCUAGAUUAGUUACAAGAAGGGCAAUUUGAUGUGCUGUUGUUUGUUCUUAUUCAAGUCAAAGAAGUGUUGUGAAAAAAUAAAAAGAAUACCAUCCACAUAUUUAUUGAACAAAAUACUAUCUAUUUAUAAUCAUUGAAGUUAAGCGCGCAUUUCUGUACAUUCAUUUACAAACAAGUAUUUAAGAUUUGUAAUUAUAAUUAUUUAUUUAUUUAUCAAGUUUUAAAACUAAAUAACGAGGCAUUUG